CGGCGGCCGCCGGAGGCGUCUCCUGAGCCGCGGGCCCCGGCGCCAUGAAGCGGGGCGGCGAGCGGGACUCCAGCCCGCCGGGGGCCGGGGGAGGCCGCGCCGCCGCCGCCAAGCGGCCCCGCGAGCGCGAGCGCGAGAGCAGCAGCCGGCGCGGCCCGCACCGCAGCUCGGGCGCCUCCCGCAGCAGCCGGGACAAGCCCACGCCCGGCGGCGGCGGCGGCGGCGGCGGCGGCGGGGGAGGCGGCGGCGGCUCCGGCUCCGGCUCCCGCAGCCACCGCGGCGAUGAGCGCGCCGGGGGCGGCGGCGGCGGCGACUCCAACCACCGCCCGGCGGGGAGCGGCUCGGCCUCGGGCGCCCGCGGCGGCGGCGGCAGCCAGGCCGCCCCCUCGGCCUCGGCGUCGUCGUCGUCGUCGUCGUCGUCCCGGGCGCUCGGCGUGCCCAAGGCCAAGGCGCUGCCGGGCGCCGUGGUGGCCCCCUCGCUGCUGCUGGCCGGGCCGCCGCCGGGCGCCGCGCCCUCGCUGCUGCUGGCGCCGCUGGGGGGCUCGGCGGGCCUGGCCGGGGAGCCGCCCGGCUCCUGCGAGUACAAGACGCUGCUGGUGAGCGGGCUGAGCGCGGCCCUGCCCGACCAGCUGCUGGAGGACGGCCUGUUCCGCCUCUUCCAGCGCUUCGCGGGGGGGGGCGCCGGGGACAUCAGCGUCAAGCUCUCCCACACGCCCGAGCUCGGCCGCGUCGCCUACGUCAACUUCCGACACCCCGGGGACGCCCGCGACGCCCGCCGGCACGCCCGGGCCCGGCAGCUGCUCCUCUACGAUCGGCCCCUCAAGGUGGAGCCGGUGUACCUGCGCGGGGGCCGCAGGAGCCGCACGCCGCCCCCCGCGCCCUCUCCGGAGCCCCUGGGGUACCUGCCGCCCAUCCACAGCACCUACCAGUACAAACAGAGGUCGCUGUCUCCUGUCACCAGCCCCCUGCUGCGGGAGCCGCGGCCGAGGCACGCUCACGCUGCGGCCGCCGCCUUCGCUUUGGAAGCCGCCGCCAUCGGGCUCUCCCGGGAGCGGGAGAGGGCCCUGGAUUACUACGGGCUGUACGACGAGCGCGGCCGGCCCUACAGUUACCCCAUCGUGGCGGAGGAAGACCUGAUGCCGGAGGACGAUCAGAGAGCUACCCGCAACCUCUUCAUCGGCAACCUGGACCACAACGUCUCGGAGGUGGAGCUGAGGCGCGCCUUCGAGAAGUACGGCAUCAUCGAAGAAGUGGUGAUCAAGCGCCCUGCCAGGGGCCAGGGCGGGGCUUACGCUUUCCUCAAGUUCCAAAACUUAGACAUGGCGCACCGGGCCAAGGUCGCGAUGUCGGGCCGCGUUGUCGGCAGGAACCCUAUCAAAAUUGGCUAUGGUAAAGCCAACCCUACUACCAGGCUGUGGGUGGGUGGUCUCGGUCCGAGUACUUCCUUGGCUGCCCUGGCGAGGGAGUUCGACCGCUUCGGCAGCAUCAGGACUAUUGACUACGUGAAGGGAGACAGUUUUGCCUAUAUCCAGUACGAAAGCUUGGAUGCUGCCCAGGCUGCCUGCGCGCAGAUGAGGGGCUUUCCUCUGGGUGGACCGGAGAGGAGACUUCGAGUGGAUUUUGCCAAAGCAGAAGAGACGAGAUACCCACAGCAGUACCAGCCCGCACCUCUCCCCGUGCACUAUGAACUGCUCGCUGAUGGGUACAGCAGACACCGAAGCCUAGAGCAAGACUUGCGGGUGCGAGAUAGGACUCCUCCACACCUCCUGUACUCGGACAGAGACAGGAGCUUUGCAGAGGCAGAGUGGGCCAGCCCUGCCAAAAACGCUGAACGCAGAAACAACUUGGAAAGCUACAGCCGAUCGGUGCGUAGCCGGAGCGGAGAGCGCUGGGGCGGCGAUGGCGAUCGCACCGUGCCCAAACCGUGGGAAGAGAGGCGGAAACGCCGGAGCCUUUCCAGUGACCGCGGGAGGACUACUCACUCGCCUUACGAGGACAGAAGCAGGACAAAGGCCAGUGGGCCAGCUUUAGACCGCAGCCCAGACAGGGCUCGCAAAGAGAAUCACACUACAGAAUCCGGAGCUGAGAAAGAGCAGAGUAACUCCCUUCAGAACAAUCGUCAUGCGACUGAGGAGAAGCCCCAUCGCGAGGCAUCCGAUGCUCCGCAGCCUAAAAAAAGGGACAGCGAACGCAAUCAUCGAACUGGCGAAUCGGAAUCAAAAACUCACGAGGAGCCAAAAUCAGAGACCAAAAAGUUAAAGAAUUUAUCGGAGUAUGCUCAGACACUGCAGCUUGCUUGGAAUGGGCUUCUUGUGCUAAAAAACAGCUGCUUCCCCACCUCUAUGCACAUCCUGGAGGGAGACCUCGGCGUCAUCAACGGACUCCUUAAAGACCAUUCGUCCGGCGGGAAGUUAACGCAGCUCAAAAUCGCUCAGAGACUUCGGCUCGACCAGCCCAAGCUGGAUGAAGUCACUCGCCGCAUCAAACAAGGCAGCCCCAACGGCUACGCUGUGCUCCUGGCGACCCAGUCCACCCCGGGAGGCGCAGGGGCUGAGGGGACCUUCCCUGUUGUAGAGCCUGGCUUGCAGCGACGGCUUCUCAGGAAUCUGGUCUCCUACUUGAAACAGAAGCAGGCUGCUGGGGUUAUCAGCCUGCCCGUGGGAGGGGCGAAGGGCAGAGACAGCACAGGCAUGCUUUACGCGUUCCCUCCUUGUGAAUUCUCUCAGCAGUACCUCCAGUCAGCACUAAGGACAUUGGGAAAGUUAGAAGAAGAACAUAUGGUGAUAGUUAUAGUCAAAGACACUGCCUAGCCCACACUGUCUUUUCAAAUUCCAUGUUUUCUUUGUGUGUCACACAGCCCCGUUGUUUUUAAGGCCGAUCAUUUUGGUGGAGGCUCAAAACACCUCGACCAAAGUGGUAAGAUUUUUAGUUUCUAAUUAAUUUUAAUACCAUUUAAAUAGAGCCCAUUUUAUUCGUUUUUAAUAUGUGACACUGUCCGCUGUUGUUCUGUAUUUUUAUUUUUUAACUGUAUGAAAAGUUGUCAGUAAAGCCUUGUUCACUGAUGGAUUUCUAAA